AUGUCAGAUAGGCUUUUACCUGGACAAAAUAAUGGAGAAACCAAUAUUGAUUGGAUUAACAGAAUGAUAAAAAAGAAAUACAUCAAUUUUAUUGAUCAUGGAGAGUUUGAAAAUCCAGUGUUUGUUAAUAGCGGGGGUACCGGGGUCAUAAGAAAAGCCCUGUGGAAAACAAAAAAUGCAGUCAUCAUCUUAAAACAAAUUGUGCCUGAUGAAAUUAUAACAGAGCCGGAACAUCAAGAGCUUAUUAAGGAGAUCAAAGCUUUUGAUUCCAUUAGAGUUGGAGAACAAUCAGCUAUAAAUAAAAUAGGUUACAAAAAUGUCAUUGAAUGUUUUGGAGUAUCGCGUUUUAAUGAAGAAGAACCAUAUUUGCUC